CGCGCGUCCGACCCAAACCCAACCACACCGCCCUCCCCUAGCUCGUCGCGUCCCGACCCGAUGCCGUAGCUAGCAGCGGCCCUGCAGCCAGCCACCCACCCACGCCUGCAGCCGUCGCAUGUCGGACAACACCGUAGCCAAGGCGGCGGCAGCGACCAUGACGCCCGCCGCCGCCUCCGACCCGUCGCCGUCGUCCUCGUCCGGCGUCGGGGCGUCCCCGCUCGCGCUGCUCCGCCCGCACGCGCACGGCCACAUGACGCCGCCGUCGCCGGCGCUCGCGGCCCCGCCGCCGUCCCCGGCGUCCGCGCCCCGGGACUACCGCAAGGGCAACUGGACGCUCCAGGAGACGCUCGUCCUCAUCACGGCCAAGCGCCUGGACGACGACCGCCGCGCCGGAGGCGCCCAUGCCCACGCCCACGCCCUGGCCGGGUCGCCCACCACGCCGCGCUCGGCGGAGCAGCGCUGGAAGUGGGUGGAGAACUACUGCUGGAACCACGGCUGCCUCCGCAGCCAGAACCAGUGCAACGACAAGUGGGACAACCUCCUCCGCGACUACAAGAAGGUCCGCGACUACGAGUCCCGCGCCGCCGCCGCCGCGCCGGCCGCCGCGCCGGCCACGAGGGCUCUCCCGUCCUACUGGGCCAUGGAGCGCCACGAGCGCAAGGACCGUAACCUGCCCACCAACCUGGCGCCCGAGGUGUUCGACGCGCUCACCGACGUGCUCUCCCGCCGCGCCGCGCGCCGAGGGGGCGCGGCGAUCACGGCCGCCCCGCCGCCACCCCAGCUCGCGCUGCCUGCUCCGCCUCCGCCUCCGCCGCUUCCUCCUCCAUCGCCACCGAAGCCCCCCAUCGUCCAGCCCCGCGCUCCGCCUCCUCCGCUGCCGCUUCCGGCGGCCGUGCCUCCGCCGGCGACGUCCGUUUCCGCGGAGGAGCUGACGGGGUCGUCGGAGUCCGGUGAGGACGACGACGGGUCGGACGCCGUGGCGGAGCCGGAGCCGAAGCGGCGGCGGCUGAACCGGCUGGGGUCCAGCGUGGUGCGCAGCGCGACGGUGCUGGCGCGCACCCUGGUGGCGUGCGAGGAGAAGCGGGAGCGGCGGCACCGGGAGGUCCUGGAGCUGGAGGAGCGGCGGCUGCGGCUGGAGGAGGAGCGCACGGAGGUGCGGCGCCAGGGCUUCGCGGGCCUCGUCUCCGCCGUCAACAGCCUCUCCAGCGCCAUCCACGCCCUCGUCUCCGACCACCGCAGCGGCGACUCCGCCUCCCGGUGAUCGGGCCGGGCAGGCCGGCAACUAACGCUCGGCCUUGACCGUCCGUCGUUGUCAACACCUCUCCCAGCUCAGCUCGGCUCGGCUCAUCUGCCGCCGCGCCGGCGUUCGUUGUGCGAUCCGUCGUCCGUCGCGGCCGGGCGGCUAUAUCUGGGCUCCGACGACAACAUGAUCCAGGUAUCGACCGACAAACCGACCGACCGACCAGGAUGUAAAUAAGGUGAAGCGUGAUUCAUUGUUUGUUGGAGGCUGUGUGACUCCGAAUUCUUUUGGAGGUGGUGGAAUGGAAGCGUGUGUGUAGCAUUGCAUUGGUCCGUCUCGCUCGCGUGCAUGUAGUAGUAGUAAGUACAACGUGUCCUCCUGCUGCUGCUGCUGCUAGUGCUAGGUAUCUGCUUUGAGCUCCCUCCCUCCCCUUUUUUUUGUGCAUGCAUUGACUCGUUGUUGACUGGAGAUGGAGCUUGCGUUGCGAUCAGUGGACAUUGUUACUGUGCAGCAUGCCAGCUGCCGUGGUGUGGUGUGUGGGUAUUAUUAUGGUCGAUGAGGGAGGCCGGUGCUGCC